AAAAAAAAAACACAAAAAUUAGAAACUGCAGAGAAACAGAAGAGAACCCUCAAGCCCAAGCUCUCUCUCCCUUCAAACCCUAAAUCAUCCCCUGAUCUUUCUUCACCCAAAACCGUGUUCAUUUUGAUGAGCUUUUACCUUUUCUCAAAACCCUAAUUCCCAUUUACCAUUUCAACUUUCCUAUAUACCCAAAUUCUCUCUCUUUCUCUUUCACUCUAUGCCUAUUUGUGUGUGUAUAACAAAGCAAACCCUAAAUUCAAGAAGCAUUUGAAGGGUCUAGAAUUUUUGGUUUGAGGAGAAAAGAGAGAAGUAGAGGUUGGUUUUGUGAAUGAAAGAUGAAGAGAAAGGGAGAAGAUGAGGUUGAGCAUGAGAAGGUUAAGCAGAGGAGUAUGUGCAAGUAUGGUGGAGAUGGAGUGGCAUGGUUUAGAGGUGCAAUGAUUGGAAAAGGAAGUUUUGGGUCUGUUUAUUUGGGGAUUUCGAAGAAACCCAGAUCGCGAUAUGGUUGUUUUCCGGCAAUUAUGGCUGUGAAAUCGGCUGAAGUCUCUGUUUCGGGUUCAAUUCAAAAGGAGAGGGAGGUUUUGAAUAACAUUGGACGGUGCAAAAAUGUAAUUCGAUGCUUUGGUGAAGAGGUUACGAAUAGCGAGAAUGGCGAAAUGGUUUAUAAUUUGUUGUUGGAGUAUGGUUCUGGUGGAACCCUAGCUGAUUUGAUCAAGAAAUCGGGUGGCUGUGGAUUGCCAGAAUCCGAUGUAAGGUACUACGCGAGGUCUAUUCUUCGUGGUCUCAAUCACAUUCACCAGUGUGGUUAUGUUCACUGUGAUUUGAAGCCUGAAAAUAUACUCCUUGUGCCUAAUCCAACUGGUACUGGUACCAAAUUUAAGGUGAAAAUUGGUGAUUUUGGAUUGACGAAGAGAGCGAAACAGAAUAAGAAGAGAAGAUUGGAUCCUUACUGGAGAGGAACUCCAAUGUAUCUUUCUCCCGAAGUAGUUGUUGAUAAUAUUCAAGAGCCUCCCUCUGAUAUUUGGGCUUUUGGGUGUAUUGUGCUUGAGAUGCUAACGGGAAAGCCUCCGUGGGUUGGGAAGGAAGAUCUUGAAGCUGAGGUUCUUCUUCGUCAGAUUGGCAAAGGCCAUGAAUUGCCUAAAGUUCCAAGUGAGGUAUCAAAAGAGGGGAGGGAGUUUUUGAAGGGUUGUUUUGCGAGGAAGUCUAUGUAUAGAUUGACAGCUGAAAUGCUCUUGAAUCACUCAUUUGUAGAAGGGUUAGUUGAGGAUGAUGGAGAAAUUGAAGAGGGUGAAGAGAUUUUAGUUCCAGAUGAGGUUGGUUUGUCGUUUAUGUUAUACGAGACUGAUGAGGAGUGCAGUUAUUCCUCAUCUUCAGAUGAUUGUACCUUCGUAUCAGAAGAGUUCUUUCUUUCUUCUUGGUCAGACGAGGCAGAUGAGAUUGACACUCAAGAGUUUUCUGGUUUUGCCGAAGAAGGAACGUUGGAAGAUCAAGAAAGCACAGACACUACAAGCUCUAUCAUUGCUCCUGCACUCGAUGAUGUGAUUAACAAGUCAAAACAGGUUUCAACAAAUACAAUGCAGCAGUGCCCCAUUACUUUUACCAUUCCAGCCGGUGUUUAGUAUUCAUCAUGUAUGUGUUUUAGAAGAGAUCAUUUACAUGAAUUUUUUCAUUGUAGAUAUUACAUAUUGAUAGCAAUUAAUGAGAUAUUUCAUUUCGACGUGUCA